AUGUAUCUGGAAGGCAAAGCUGGCAAAUGGUUUCAAGGUGUAAAAAUUGAGAAACCUAGGUUGAAUUGGGAGGAGUUUGGGGAACUGUUAUGUAGGAGGUUUAAUGAUAGAACUUGCAAGGAUAUAGUGGAAGAAUUCAACAAACUGCAGCAAGUAGGCAGUAUUGAUGAUUACCAAGAGAGAUUUGAGGAAUUGAAGCCUCUGAUGAUGAUAAAAAAUCGAAAUCUAUAUGAGAACUAUUUCAUUUCUAGUUUCAUAAGUGGACUUAAGAAAGAAAUUAAGCCUGUGGUCAGGUUGCUAAAGCCUGCUACAUUGUCUGAAGCCUUUGAAUUGUCUCAAUGGCAAGAGCAAUCCAUAAGGAUCCAGAACAAGAGCUCUAAGGAACACACCGAGUCAUUGGGAGAAAACAGAUUUGGUAUAACAAGGAGUACUACCACCUCUAUUGGAACAAAUUCAUACAAGGUCCCUGCCAAUAACACUUUUAAGCAUCCUAAGCUCAGGAACUCACCAGGGGACACAAGAGAGCCUAAAAAGAUUUCUUUGCAAGAAAUGCAGUAUAGGAGGAAUAAUGGAUUGUGUUUCAAAUGCGGGGAGAAAUAUGGAAUAGGACACCAGUGUAAAGUAGGGUACUCAAAUUGCAUGACAUUGGAAGAGAAAGAUAAUGCUGCAUUUGAGGAUGCAUUUGGAGAACAAGAUGAACAGACUGGGAAUCCUGGGCAGGCCAUGGAUAUGUCACUGCAUGCCUUAUCUGAGGCUUUAAAGAGGAAAACUAUUACACUUACAGGUACUCUAGAUGGGGAGAAAGUGCUAAUAUUGGUAGACACUGAAAGCUCAGACAGCUACAUCAGCAGUGAGCUAGUAAUUGGGAUGGACAUAAGCUACCAGUGGGUGGAUCAACCUUUCUCUGUUAUCAUGGGGAAUGAAACCUGUGUCACCAACAAUGCUAUAUGCAAUAGUGUGCACUGGAGGAUUAACCAACACAACUUUAGAUAUAACCUCAAGGUCAUGGAACUUGGAGGUUGGGACAUAAUCUUGGGAGUAGAUUGGAUGACACAUUUCAGUCCCAUCACAUUUGAUUUUCAACAACUCAAAAUAUCAUUGCACUAUGAAGGAGAUGAAAUCCACCUACACGGCCAAGCAGACAACUGUGAUAUGGAUUUGAUCAGAGGCAAGAACUUGAGGACAUUUAUAGAAUACACGAGGCAGAUGUGCAUGGCUAUGAGCUCUCAACAGGAUCAAGAAGGGAAGUUAAAACCUACACCACAGGAAGUGGAGGCACUGCUACAAGAAAAAAGGAUUAACAGCCUCUUUGCUUCCCCUGUGUUGCUUGUCAAGAAGAAGGAAGUCACCUGGAGGUUUUGUGUGGAUUACAGAAAGUUGAAUGAAAUCACUGUUAAGGACAAAUUUCCUAUACCUAAUGUAGGUGAACUGUUGGAUGAGUUAUCAAGAUCUGUGUUUAAAACCAAGCUAGAUUUGACUGCAGGGUAUCAUCAAAUCAGAAUGAAAUCACAGGACACCUUUAAAAUAACAUUUCAGACUCAUUGUGUCCGUUUUGAAUUCUUGGUGAUGCCCUUUGGGCUCACAAAUGCCCCUGCAACAUUUCAAUCAUUGAUGAACCAGGUGUUCCAACCUUACCUGAGGAAGUUUGUUCUAGUUUUCUUUGAUGACAUUCUGAUAUAUAGCCAUACACUGGAAGAUCAUGUUCAACAUCUAAAAACUGUAUUGGAACUGUUGAGGGAUCAUCAACUAUAUGUGAAGAGGUCUAAAUAUGCAUUUGCUCAGAAGCAAGUUGAUUACCUGGGACACACUAUUACUGAUAAGAGGGUCAGUAUGGAUGACUCUAAGGCCCAUAGUAUCUUACAAUGGCCAGUCCCAAAAUCUGUCAAGAAAUUGAGCGAAUUUUUGGGACUCACUGGUUACUAUAGAAGGUUCAUAAAGCAGUAUGGACUUCUCCUGUUCUUAAGCUGUCAGAAGAAGGCCUUUGUGAUAGAGACAGAUGUCAGUGGGGGAGGCAUUGGGGUAGUCUUAAUGCAGGAAGGACACCCUAUAGCCUUUCUGAGCAAGGCACUGUCAGCAAAGAACCUAGGCCUAUCAGUUUAUGAAAAGGAGUUGCUUGCUCUGCACAAAUGGAUGACCAAGCUGAUGGGGUUGGACUAUGAGAUACAGUACAAGAAAGAGACUGAGAAUCAAGUGGCAGAUGCAUUGUCAAGAAGACUUGAGGGUGACCCCACCCUUCCACUUCAUUCCUGCCUAGCCAUCACUGCUGUUAGACCUAGAUGGAUUGAAGAACUACAGAAAAGCUAUGAAACUGAUACACUUUGCCAAGAUAUAAUAGCUCAGUUGUCACUGAAUCCUAAGUCUCAUUCUGAUUAUACUUGGGUAGAUGGAGUACUCUGA